AUGCGGCAGUUCAAUGUUUGCGGUGAAUUCAUGUUGACCGAGAUCGAGCAUGGUCUCGACGCCAAGAACCUGGACACCACGGCAACACUGCUAGAUGACGGAUCGUUCUUGCUGCACACGCCGGCUUUCGGUGCCGCCAAAGCCAUGCCACCAACUACUCCCUUGGUUGGCGUUCCUCGCACAGCAGUCGUCUUCGCCCAAUUGCUGAUCAACGGCAAGAGCAGAGGCGUCAAACCAUUUAUCGUGCCAAUCAACGACUCAACCCGAAUGAGUCCCGGGAUUGUGUCGCGGGCCCUGCCUAUCCGACCCGGUACAAAACCUCUAGACCAUUUCAUCACGAUGUUCAACAACGUAAGACUUCCUACCAAAGCCCUGCUUGGUCCGUCCACAAAAGCCGAAGACGAGCGAGCAGAGUUUCCGGACCAGAUUUGGCGCGUCUCCGUAGGAAUCGCAACGGUGUACAGUAAGCGUCGACAGGUCGGAGUCGGGAACCGCGGACAAGUUGUGCCAAUCAUGACCUUUAGCACGCAGCAACGCCCCAUCCUUAAAGCUCUCGCUUACGGAGAGGUCCUUCAUGCCUAUGCCCAGUGGACCGUCCGGGAAUUUAUGAAACUUGACAACGCCGUGGACGUCCGCAGAGGCCUUGCGACCGCUUUGAAGGCGCUCGUGGUGCGGUCAUCUCGGUUACUUGUCGAGCUUGCAGAACGAUGCGGGUGGCAGGGCUUGUUUGCCUACAAACAGAUCAGUGAGCUGGCGUCCACUUUGCAAGGAAAUUCGAUUGCAGAGGGUGACAGCCUAGUCAUCAGCAUUCGUAGGUGUAUUCUCUCUGACUUGUAG